AUGUCAAAUCGCAUGAGCACAGCUGUACAGAUUUCGAGUUUGAGAACACCUACACGCUCAGAUGACGUUUCUUCACAACAGCCACGUCGACUCGAAGUGGUUUCAAAGCAGGCUACUAAAGUCACGGCUAUUAGCACUCGUUUAGAGUGGAAGAUAGAUCAAUUUGAGAAGUUGAUGAAACUUUUCAAAAAUGGACAUAACCUUAUUAGCAAGCAGUUCGGAUGUCCACAAGCGCCAACUGUAACGUGGGAACUACAUGUUUAUCCCAAUGGGAAGCGAGAAGAGGAUGUUGGCAAUGUAUCUUUCUUUUUACGUCAAGUAGGGUUACAGCGAGGUGAAGAUCCAAUAAUGACAGAAUUCCAAAUAUACGCGUUAGAUGCUAAUGCCUUAAGAGUUAGUGUUUGUAGAGAUACUAAAGAUUUCACGAAUCAACAAGGUCGGGGGAAGUUUCAGGUUUCUCGGGAUAAAAUGAUGGCAGCUUUAAAAACUGAUGGGGCUUUACUUCUAAUUUGUGAGGUUGAAUAUUUUCCACCUGGUUCGAAAAUAAGUGUAGAACAGUCGAUAGAGGCAGAGCCUGUUGAUGAUUUUGAUGAGAGAAAUGAGGUUUCAAUUCGUGAUUCUCUCAAAGACAUGCUGGAUAAUGAACUUUUUGCCGAUUGCACUAUAAAGGUUGGUAAUAAAACUCUGAAAGCUCACCGAUGCAUAUUGGGACAGCAUAGUGAAGUUUUUCGCUCAAUGUUUGCCCAAGAGUCCAUGUUAGAAGCUCAAAAAGGAAUCAUUGAUAUCCAGGAUUCAAGGUUUGAACCUGUACGAGCUAUGGUCGACUAUAUAUAUACGGGCUCAACCGACUUGGUAGAGGGUUAUGCAGAAGAUGUUUUAGCUAUAGCAGAUAAAUAUGCAAUUUUGCCACUUAAAGAGCAAUGCGAACGAUAUCUUUCUUCUACGAUUAAUUGUAAAAAUGUUGCCUCUACUGCAGUGUUUGCUGACACUUAUUCUGCUUCAAUUCUUAAGCAGGCAUGCACAAAAUAUAUGUCGCUGCAUCAUCGAGACGUCCUCCGGUCCGCAGAGUGGAAGCAAAUGAGAAGGGAACGGUCAGAAUUAGCAAAUGAUCUUUUAGAAUCAGUGUUAGUUGGUGAAAACGCAACAAAUCCUGCAGAUUUUAGUUUCAGUGGGAGUGAAGAUAGCAGUUCAUCUAGUACUAUUAAUAUCGUAAUGAAUGAUAGUCGGCCCCCACUCAGGAAACGUGUGCGAAGAUCUGCAGUUGGAGAUGUGUUUGAUAUCCCUAAUUAUAGGUUAUGUUUUGCUGCAGAUGUGAUCUCGAAAAUGAACAUACGAGGUUGGAGGAUAGCUUGCAUCACUUUCAAUGUGAAUACGAAAAAACCUGAGAACAAUCAAAUAUACCAGCUUUUAAAGAAUGAUGAUGCCAAAAAUUCAGCCAUUAUUGCCAUUGGAUUGCAGGAGCUUUCCCAUUCUGAAGUAUUUGGUACGUUAUCAACUGAAACGACGUGGCUAUCGCUUCUUGUGUCUUGGAUGAGUGCAUACGGAAAAUCACUUCUUUGCAAAACAUCUCUUGCUUGGAAUUUAUUGCUAGUAUUUGCCCAAAUUGAAGUUUUCCCCUUAGUAGAAGAAAUUGACUCAAGACAGUCACGAUCUAGCUUGGGAGGUCUCACUGGCCACAAAGGAAGCGUGUCGCUAAGAAUAAAAUUUAAAAAUCACAGCUCAUUAAUUUUUAUAACCUCUCACUUUUUACCCAAUGCGAACAAUUAUGAAAAACGUUGUCUACAAUAUGAGUAUGGAAAAGUUUGUGCUUUCAAUGAUAUGGCAGGAAACGAUGAGGAUGAAAGGAAUGUGAUAUGGCUCGGUGAUUUCAAUUGGAGAGUAGAUCAAAUCACAGCUCAAGAAAUGAUAAGUGAUCACUACCAUUUUUCCUAUAUCAGAGAACUAACGAAGUCAAAUUCUCUUAAUCAUAUGGAGCCGCUAGUUGAGAAAUUUGAUCAGUUAAGAAGAGCUCAGAAGAAUGGUCAAGCUUUUGGGGAAUAUAAUGAGGCGAAAAUUUGUUUCGCUCCCACUUAUCGUCUUCUGGUUGGCUCCUCUUAUUACGACCAGAAACGAGUACCAUCAUGGUGCGAUCGUAUUCUUUUCAAAGGUAGAUCACUGAAGUGCAAGCGAUAUGAAUCAAAUCGCAUGAUCACGUUGUCAGACCAUUUCCCGGUUUGUGCACAUUUUAUUUUAUCUGAGUCAAUAACACGACGACAUUUUGGGUGGAGAGUAUGCUUUGAAAAAAUACCUCAUUGGUACAAUGUAGUACCUCUUACAUGUCGAUUUACAUAUAUGGAUGAUUACUGGAACAGUAGCGGAUCAUACCGCGAUUGGAUUGCUGUUUAUCCAGAGAAAAUUCCUAAUCCUUUACAGCCAUUGAAUUGGUUGUAUGUAAUUGCUUGCUAUAGUUCAAUUAUAUCAGAUAAGUCGACUACUGUCGUCGAAUUUCCAUGUUUAAAUGUUGGAAAAUAUCGUGUUGGCUACUUUAGUGUCUAUAAAAAUUGUUUACAAGGUUUGUCAGAUGUUUUUGAAAUUAAAUUUAUUCAGUAG